UUCCCUGGAUCUGGAGGGUGACCCGGCAGCCCACGUGGAUCCACACCAUGGCCACCUGCUGGCAGGGCCUGUGGGCCUAUCGCUUCUACCUGAUUGUAUUCUUCUUACCCAUUAUCCUGCUGCCUCUGCCCAUCCUCAUCCCAACUAAGGAAGCUUACUGUGCCUACACCAUCAUCCUCAUGGCGCUCCUCUGGUGCACCGAGGCUCUGCCCCUGGCCAUCACCGCCUUCCUCCCCACCGUCCUGUUCCCCAUGAUGGGCAUAAUGGGUGCCUCCGUGGUCAGCACUGAGUACCUUAAGGACACCAACAUCCUAUUCAUCGGGGGGAUGCUCGUGGCCCUCGCCGUGGAGCACUGGAAUCUGCACAAACGCAUCGCCCUCCGCGUGCUCCUCAUCAUCGGGGUGCGGCCCUCCCUGCUGAUCCUGGGCUUCAUGGUGGUCACGGCCUUCUUGUCUAUGUGGAUCAGCAACACGGCCACCACGGCCAUGAUGGUGCCCAUCGCCCACGCCGUUCUGGAGCAGCUGCACAAGGUGCCCAAGAGCAAGGAUGUUGAGGAGGGCGAGAACAACCCCGCCUUCGAACUCCAGGAACCGAGUCCCCAGAAGGAAGAGACCAAGCUUGAUGAGAAAGACAACAAGCAGGACGGCCCUGCCCCGCCUGUUCCUUCGGAGCCCAAGGCACAGCAGGACGAGGAGCAGCUCCGCUUCACCCGGGGCAUGAGCCUGUGUGUGUGCUACUCGGCCAGCAUCGGGGGCAUCGCCACCCUGACUGGCACCACAACAAACCUGGUGCUGCAAGGCCAGGUCAACUCGCUCUUCCCCGAAAAUGACAACGUGGUGAACUUCGCCUCCUGGUUUGCCUUUGCCUUCCCCACCAUGGUCAUCUUGCUGCUGCUUUCCUGGGUGUGGCUGCAGUUCCUCUUCUUAGGCUUCAACUUCCGGAAGAACUGUGGCCUGGGGGACGAGAUGAGGGAGCGAGAGCGAGCAGCCUUCGAAGUCAUCCGGAGAGAGCACAAGCUGCUGGGCCCCAUGACCUUUGCAGAAAAGGCUGUCAGCACCCUCUUCGUCUUAUUGGUGGUGCUCUGGUUCACUCGGGAACCAGGCUUUUUCACCGGCUGGGGUAACCUGGCUUUUUCCGAUGAGGAUGGGAAAAGCAUGCCAUCCGAUGGGACAGUAGCCAUCUUAAUCGCUGUAAUUUUGUUCAUCAUGCCCUCCAAGAUCCCAGGGCUGACUCAGGAACCAGGAAAACCAGGGAAGCUGAAGGCCCCUCCUGCCCUCCUCAACUGGAAAAUAGUUAAAGAGAAGAUGCCUUGGAAUAUCGUGCUCCUUCUGGGCGGUGGCUUUGCCCUGGCCAAGGGCAGUGAGGAAUCGGGCCUGUCAAAGUGGCUGGGGGACAAGCUGACCCCGCUGGAGAGUGUGCCGCCUCCCGCCAUUGCCUUCAUCCUCUGCCUCCUGAUCGCCACCUUCACUGAGUGCACCAGCAACGUGGCCACCACCACAAUCUUCCUGCCCAUCUUGGCUUCCAUGUCUCAGGCCAUCUGCAUCCACCCCCUCUACGUCAUGCUCCCCUGCACGCUUUCCAGCUCCCUGGCCUUCAUGCUGCCUGUGGCCACCCCGCCCAACGCCAUCGCCUUCUCAUUCGGAGGCCUGAAAGUGACACACAUGGCCCAAGCAGGAUUCAUGCUCAACAUCCUCGGGGUCCUGGUCAUCACGCUGGCCAUCAACACCUGGAGCAUCCCCAUGUUCGACCUGCACAGUUUCCCCUCCUGGGCCCAGUCCAACACCACAGGCUUCUGUGGGGUCAGCCAGGCAAACAUCACAACACCUAGCCCCUAUACCACGGUAUAAUCUGGCCCAAGCCAGGAAGACCCACCUCGUUCCUAUUCCUCUGAGCUGGGAGGGGAAACCCAGGCUCCAAGCCAAACAUUGAGAGAAAGGCACAUGUAUACCUAACCUCAUGUGUCCCUUCAAGGAAGAUGUAUGUGAGCUCAGUCCUACGUGUCUGAGGAAAGUGUGUGUAUGUGUAUGUGUAUGCACGUGUG